CUUUCCCUUCACUCAGUUAGAAAUUGAGGCUUACUGCGUGUGUGUGUGUGUGUGAGUGCACAUUGCACGUUCCUGUGUGUGUAUGUGCAUGUGCAAGUGCCACAGACAGAUAACUAUAGCGUCUCAGCAUGCCGGCGUACGCCACCAACAUGAGGCUGAAGUUCCCCAUCGUGGCCUUGGCUUUGGAGAUUAUUACCAUCAUCUUGUUUGCAGUUUUUGUGGUCUACGAUGACGGCAAAGGUCACGGCCACGACUCGCACUCCAACAACACGGGCCACCACGACCCGCCUAUGGAGCUCUAUCCCAUGUUCCAGGAUGUCCACGUUAUGAUCUUCAUCGGCUUCGGCUUCUUGAUGACUUUCCUGAAGAGAUACGGCUUCAGCAGCGUGGGCGUCAACUUACUGCUGGCCGCCUUUGGCCUGCAGUGGGGCCUCCUCAUGCAGGGCAUCUGGCAUCUUGAUGAUGGCAAGAUUAAGAUCAACAUCUUCAAAAUCAUCAACGCAGACUUCAGCACAGCCACAGUCCUGAUCUCCUUCGGAGCGGUUCUGGGUAAAACCAGCCCUGUUCAGCUGCUCAUUAUGACCAUCCUGGAGAUCAGCAUCUUCUCCAUAAACGAGCACCUGGUGGCAACAGUUAUGGAGGCCAAUGACGUUGGGGCCUCCAUGAUCAUCCACGCCUACGGAGCUUAUUUUGGUUUGGCCGUGGCUCGAAUGCUUUACCGGCCUGGUCUGAGGAACGGCCACGAGAAUGACGGCUCCGUCUACCACUCUGAUCUGUUUGCUAUGAUUGGGACCGUGUUCCUCUGGAUGUUCUGGCCUAGUUUUAACUCAGCCAUUGCCGAACCGGGCUUCACCCAGCUCACAGCAGUCAUCAAUACCUAUCUCUCCCUGGCCGCCUGCGUGCUCUCUGCUUACGCUAUCUCCAGUCUGGUGGAGCACAAGGGAAAACUAGACAUGGUGCACAUUCAGAAUGCCACACUGGCUGGUGGUGUCGCCGUAGGAACAUGUGCCGACAUGAACAUUGGGCCAUUCGGGGCAAUGCUGAUUGGAUUAGUGGCUGGUAUCGUUUCCACCCUGGGGUUUAAGUACCUGACUCCUAUUCUGGCAUCUAAUCUGGGCAUCCAGGAUACCUGCGGUGUACACAAUCUGCAUGGCAUGCCGGGCAUCCUGGGAGGCCUGGCCGGUAUUGUGGCUGUGGCUUUGGGUAAAAAAGAAGGGAAUGCCGCCAUGCAAGCCGCCGCCUUGGCUUCAUCCCUUGGGUUUGCUCUGGUUGGAGGGGCUAUCACAGGAUUAAUAAUGAAGUUGCCUAUCUGGGGACAACCUCCAGACCAGAACUGCUUCGACGACUCUAUUUACUGGGAGGUCCCUGCAGAGGAGGAGGACAACGAGGAGAGCUUAGCUCAUGCAGAUCACUCUAAGAACAAAGCAGAUGUUUAAGACCUGGACUAGGAAAAUGCACAAUGCUUUCCAUCACAGUUCAGAGAAAAGCAGUAGGACUCACUGAAUUUGACAUCAUAAUUUUCUCAAAGAAAUACAUGGGCAUAGAUGGGCAUAAUAAUCGAUUAAUUGCUGAUUAAUCGUGUCUUGAAGCAACUGAGGCGCACUGAAGUGCACCACCUGACUGCAACCAGCAGAGGCGCUGUUAAUUCAGUCUGAAGUAGUUUGUUGGCAAAGCAGAGCAUCAACAUAAACAAUUGUCAGUGGCUAUUAAAAAAAUAUAUUGAAAUUUAAAUGCCUGUCCUUAAAACUACACACUUUUUGGAAUUUAAUCAGCAGCCUACAGGGAUGAGUUGUUUUUGUUUGGGUUUUUUUACACUGAAAUUAGCAAUGGACGUAUGAUUUUUUUUUCAUAAAUCAAUGCUGUAAAACAGCUUUCUUUACUUUAUCAAGCAUACACGCAUGCUUUUAUAUACAGUAUUAGUAGAGUGUCUAUUUUAGCUUUCAAGUAUUACAUUGUACUUCUUCCACACAAAUUGAUGAAAAGCAGGAAUGGAAGGGCUACCUCACCCCUUACCUUUAGAAGAACAAUGUUCCUGUAAUGAAUCAACCUGUGUGUGUCUGUGUACACUGAGGCUUAUAUUAUUUGGAUUCAAUUACAUGAAAUGUAUUCUUUUAUGUACAUACUAUUUCACAUAGUCAGUUUGAUGGUAGCCCUGUGGUGUAAAAAGUACUGGUACUGGAUUUUUAUUAUUUCAAAUGACAGCAUAUUAAUUACACACAGGAAAAUAAGUCAUGUGCAAAAUAUUCAUACUCUAAGGCAGGUUAUUUCUCUUUGUCACUACAUUUACGAUACAACACUGUUACACAAAGCUCCAAUAUGGAGUGCAGGGCAAUAUAAAACUGACAACAUUUAGAAUUAAUCUCUUGUUUUUGGCCAUUUAUGUGCAUUAUUUUUUGGUAUUGUCUUUUAUACAGAUUGUACUAUUACUGCCAUAAUAAAUGUUUUCUACAUUA